AUGGCGGCGGCAGUCUUAACGACUCCAAAAACGAGCAGUCGUCGCGGUGAGAGUGCGAAAAGCACGACAUCUGCGGCUGGAAUUCUCGCGUUACUCGAAGAACCGCAAGAUGUCCUCAAAGUCCACGGCUUACGAAUGCUCAACGAUUACGCCAUGCGCACGAGCUGGCACGAAGUCGCGAGCGCGAUCGAAAUCAUCGAAGGGAUGCACGAGGACGAGUUUUUUUCGCACAGAGAUUUAGCCGCGCUGGUGGCGAGCAAGGUAUUCUACCACUUGGGCGACUUGGAGGACGCGCUCUCGUACGCGCUGGCCGCCGGGAAACUCUUCGACGUGGCGGAGAAGAAUUCUGAUUUCGUGGACACGGUUUUGGCGAAAGCGAUCGAUACGUACGUGGAGAAGAGGCAGAGAGGAGGUACGGUAGUGAGGGAGGCGGCGGCGGAGGCGAUGGAAGAAGGCGAAGAAGAAAGAGGAGAGGCUUUCGACGUUUCUAUCGACCCUCGAUUGGAAUCCAUCGUCGAUAGAAUGUUUGAAAAGUGCCACGAGGAAAAACAGUGGACGCACGCGGUUGGCGUGGCGUUGGAGUCGAAACGGUUAGACGCGUUGGAAAAAGCGAUAUCGAGAGCGGAGCAACCGGAGGUUGUGUUAUCGUACGCCACGAAGGUUAGUCAGACGUUGGUUAUGCAGAAAUCGUUUCGCGCGGAGGCUUUGGCGUUGUUGGUGAAGUUGUACGAGACGCUCGAUUUCGACGAGCCGAAUUAUAACGGCGUGUGCCAGUGUUUGGCGAUUUUAGAGGAUGAUAAGCGAUGCGCGGACGUUUUGUUAUCGUUGGUGAAAUCUUCGGACGAGCGAGACAAUUUACAGGCGUACCAAAUCGGGUUCAAUUUGUUCGAGAUGGAUUUGAGAAAUUUUUUGAGCGGCGUCGCCAAUUUAGUCGUCUCGGCGUCUUUGGCAUCCAAGCAAACGCCAAUCAAAGAUGGUCAAGAACAGAAGGAGGCGGAUAAACAAGCGCGCACGAACUCGUUGGUGUCAAUUUUGAGAGGCGAAACGCCCGCAAAGUUGUACUUGGAAUUUUUGAAAACGAAAUCGCACGGCGACCCGGCGUUGGUGGAGAAGUUAAAGAAAGCCGUCGAAGGGAGAAACUCUGUCAUGCACGGCUCGGUGGUGUUUGCAAACGCCAUGAGCAACUGCGGAACCACGAGCGACGCGUUUUUGAGACAAAACUUGGACUGGUUAUCGAGGGCGACAAACUGGGCGAGGUUUUCAGCCACCGCCGGCGUCGGCGUCAUCCACCGCGGUCGCGCCGAAGAUUCGAAACAGUUGCUGUCGCAACUGUUACCGGCCCCGAGUCCGUACACGUUAGGUGGUGCGUUAUACGCCAUGGGUUUGAUGCACUGCGGGCGCCCUCAUUGCGGAGAGGCGUCGACGUUCAUCAUCGAACGUCUUCGCGCGGCGAAUAACGAAACCGUGCAACACGGCGCGUGUUUAGGCAUAGGUUUGAGUAGCUACGGGAAAUCAGAGUUAGAUGCGGAGUGCAUGAUGGAACUCUUUAGAAUUUUGCGAAGCGACAGCGCCGUGGCCGGUGAAGCCGCAGGUAUCGGAUUAGGUUUUGUUUUGGCCGGUUUGCGCAAAAACCCGAGUGAAAACUCUGGAAACAAGAGUCUCCACGAUAACUGGACGAGAGACAUGCUCGCGUACGCGAGAAAGACAUCGCACGAAAAAAUAAUUCGUGGAUUAGGUUUGGGUCUCGCGUGCGCGUUUGCCACGUGCGAGGAAGACGCGGAUGCGAUCAUUGAAGACGCAUUAGGCGACGGCGACGCGUUGAUUCGGUACGGCGGAUGUCAAAUUAUUGGCUCCGCGUACGUCGGCACCGGGAACAACGACGCCAUUCGAAAACUCUUACACGUGGCCGUCUCGGACGUCUCGGACGACGUUCGCCGAUGUGCCGUCAUGUCCAUCGGUUUUGUGUUAACGAACAACCCGGAACAGUGCGUUCGCGUCGUGCAACUCUUAUCGGAAUCGUACAACCCGCACGCGAGGUACGGCGCGGCUAUGGCGGUCGGCAUCGCCUGCGCCGGUACUGGUAACGUCAACGCGGCGAAAUUAUUAGAACCUAUGAGAAGAGACAAAGUCGAUUUUGUCCAGCAAGGCGCCGCUAUCGCGUCUGCGCUAGUCUUGGUCCAACAACCGGAAGAUCGCUUGUCGAAAUUCCGCGACGAGAUGCAAAAAAUGAGCGCGGAUUCGAGCGAAACGACCAUGUCGAAAAUGGGCGCAAUCAUGGCAUCGGGCAUCUUAGAUUGCGGUGGACGCAACUGCACGAUUUCUUUGAAAUCCAGAGCCGGUCGCCCGAGAAUGACGUCCACCUUAGGCGUAUUGGUCUUCACCCAAUAUUGGUACUGGUUUCCGUUUGGUCACUUUCUCUCCAUCGCGACCAUCCCGACGGCGUUCAUCGGCGUCGACAAAACCUUACAAAUGCCGCAUUACGAGUGCGUUUCCAACGCCAAGCCGUCCUUAUUCAAAUACGCGGAUUACCUCUCCGACGAAAAAGACAAGAAAACGACCGAGGUGAAGAAAGCCGUUCUCUCGACGACGAAGAAAGCGCAAAAGUUGCUCAAUGAGAAAAAUGUAAAAAAAAUGAACAAAGACGCGGAGAGCAUGGACGCCGACGAUAACGUCCCGUCUCGCCCGCAAUCCAGAGCCGCAAAAGACGACAACGAAAUGGACGCGACCGCUACCACCACCACCACCACCGCUGAAGGAGAAAAAGAAGGAGAAGAAAAAGAAGGAGAAGAAGAAAAGAAGGAGGACGAACCGGAACCGGAGUUUGAAAUCUUAACCAACCCGUCGAGAGUGACCCCGCAACAAGAAAAGUUCAUCUCCUUCGACCCAGCCGCGCGAUUCGUCCCGUGCGAAUCCUCGACGACCACCACCACCACCACCACCACCAUCAAAGAAAAAUCUCGCGUCGGCCGCGGUUUUGUCGUCUUAAAAGACCAAACGCCGGAAGAGGAGGUGUUUUACGUCGAGUUGGCGUUUCAAAAAGCCGAAGUCGACGCGCAAGCCGGAAACGCCGCGAACGCCGGCGCAGGAAACGACGACGACGACGAACCCGCGCCGCCGGAGGAGUUCGACUUCGACGAAGACGAUUAG